AUGAUUCUUCCGUUCUUCACCGUCAAGCAGCAGUCGGCAGCCCUGGUCGAAAGGUUGGGAAAGUUCGAUCGCGUUGCGACCUCCGGUUUCAGCUUCAAGUCGCCCUUGAUCGAGCGGGUCACCGGUUUCGUCAACUUGCGGGUGCAGCAGCUCGACGUCGAGGUCGAAACCAAGACUCUCGACGAUGUCUUCGUGCGGGUGAUGGUGGCGGUCCAGUUCUACGUUCUCGAAGACAAGAUCUAUGAUGCGUUCUACAAGCUCGAUAAGCCGGAGCAGCAGAUCACCUCGUUCGUCUUCGAUGUGGUGCGGGCUCGGGUGCCGCGGAUCCGGCUCGACGACGUUUUCGAGAAGAAGGACGAGAUCGCCGAUGCGGUACGCGAGGAGCUGUCGCAGGUGAUGGACGACUUCGGCUACGGUAUCGUCAAAGCCUUGGUCACCGACAUCGACCCCGACGCCAAGGUCAAAGAGGCGAUGAACGAGAUCAACGCCGCCCAGCGGCUGCGGGUCGCCGCUACCGAGAAGGGCGAGGCCGAGAAGAUCUUGAAGGUCAAGGCCGCCGAGGCCGAGGCCGAGGCCAAGGCGCUUUCGGGCAAAGGCAUCGCCGAUCAGCGGCGGGCGAUCAUCGACGGUCUGCGGGAGUCGGUGGACGAAUUCCAGAAGUCGAUCCCCGGCGCUUCGCCGCAAGACGUGAUGAACGUGGUCUUGAUGACCCAGUACUUCGACAUGCUCAAAGAACUGGCAGGGGGCUCGCACAACAACACCAUCCUGGUGCCGCAUUCGCCGAGCGCGGUCAGCGACCUCGGCGAGCAGAUUCGCAACUCCAUGCUGGUGGCGCAGCAGUCCGGCGAGAAAUAA